AUGGAUCGCCUGCGCAAGGUGUGGCAGGGCCAACACCAACAGCCCUACCAACCCGUACCCAGCAACAGCGGCGGAGAUGGGGAAGAGGAGGAGGAUGAGGCCGACAUCGUCAACAGCACCUCUGCGCUACAACCAAAACCCACUGACCACCACCACCAUCAUAAUGGCUUCUACGUCGAAUACUCCAUCUUCCUCCUCCUGGGCAUCUCCAUGCUCUGGGCCUGGAAUAUGUUCCUUGCCGCCGGCCCAUACUUCCAACACCGCUUCCGCGACAACGACUGGAUCUUCGCCAACUUCCAAGCCGCCGAAAUCUCCGUCUCCACCAUCACAAACCUGGGCGCCAUGCUGAUCCUCACACGACUACAAAGCGGGGCGAAUUAUGCCAAAAGAAUCGUACUAGGUCUGGGGAUUAACAUGGUGGUCUUCUCGUUACUGGCGGUCAGCACAGCAAUCGAGACGAGUGCGGGGGUCUAUUUUGCUUUUCUGAUGGCCGUCAUCUUCUUCACAUCGCUCGCGACCGGGUUCUGUCAGAAUGGAGUGUUUGCGUUUGUGUCGGGCUAUGGAGAGCCCAAGUUCACGCAGGGCAUUAUGACGGGGCAGGCUAUCGCGGGCGUGCUGCCUUGUAUUGCGCAGAUUGUGUCGGUGUUGAGCGUGAGGCCAAAGGAGGGGGAGAGUGAGCAAGGUGGACAUGGACCGCCACCGGUGAAUUGGAAGGCGGCGCUGGCAUACUUUGUGACGGCUACGGUCAUUAGUGUGGUGACGUUGUUGGCAUUCUCGGUGCUGGCUGCGAGGGAUAAUAGGCCAUCAGCAAAGAGGCAGCUGCCGACGCACGAUAUGGCCGAUGAACCUGCCGAGAGGAAGUCGAUACCUCUACUGUAUCUGCUGAAGAAACUCAUCUGGCUGGCGGCAGGUGUCUUUGUCACCUUUGCCAUCACCAUGGUGUACCCCGUCUUCACGCAGCGCAUUGUAUCUGUCCGGCCACCCUCCGAGCAGCCUCCUAUUCUACAGCCAGCAAGCUUCAUCCCUCUAGCACUUCUCUUCUGGAACUCUGGCGAUUUGGCAGGGAGGUUGAUCACAGCGGUGCCCGCUUUGUCCCUCGUUCGCUGGCCCAGAGUCGUCUUCAUUUUCGCAUGUUCUCGAUUGGCCUUUGUUGGACUAUACCACCUGUGCAAUAUCCGUGGCCAAGGCGCUAUCAUAUCGAGUGAUUUCUUCUAUCUGGUCGUUGUACAGCUCCUGUUUGGACUGUCCAAUGGCUAUCUGGGAAGCACUUGUAUGAUUGGUGCUGGAGAGUGGGUGGCAGAAGAAGAACGCGAAGCUGCGGGCGGCUUUAUGGGACUGUGUCUGGUGGGCGGACUGACUGCUGGCAGUCUAUUGAGCUUCUUCAUUACGGGAACUUGA